CUAUUAAAAUUUGCUGAGAUUGAGGUUGAGAAUGUGAGGUUGAGGCAAAUUAUUGAAGAGAAUGCAAGGCAUGAUGCUAAGAAUGCUGAACUCAAGUCUAGAGUUGGAGAGCUUAAGGCUAAACUUGUAUUAUUAGAACAGGAUUCAGCGGUAGAUAGGAUGGCAUUGGCAUUUGGUCAGAUACAAAAUAAUGAAAAAGCAAUAUCAGUAGUAAUAGUAUCAACUGUUAAUAUACCUGAUUCUGUAAUAGACCAACUCAAUAAUGAAAUAGAAUGA